ACAUCAGAUGAGGCACAAGAGCGUGAAAGCUCUGCAAGAUGUAUGGGGUAUCAUCCACUGUUAUCUAGCACACAAUUGACACUAGAGUGCCGUGUAGCCGUAUUCACUGUGUACAAGCUAUUAGUAUCUGUCACUCCACUCUACUAGCACCAAGACCCUUCUCCACGACAGUAGAUGCGUUUCAUGCUACCAUCUUUCUGUACGGAAUCUUCCUUGCCGACUUCGGACUCAGGACCGAGAGAUGAACGAUAUACAUUUUGUUGCGGGUUGCUCAAUAUCGAUUUCCUCGGCAUCAUUUCCUCUACAACCCAACGGAGUGUAAGUCAAUCUAUCGCCAUCAUGUCUGAGGGACUCUUGCGCACUCCUCUGGCUUAUUCCGGCUCAUUGGAUGCAUAUGAAUCCGCGGACGUCACUCCGCCGAUCGGACGUGAAUAUCCGAAACUACAACUUAGCGAAUUGUUGGGAAACGAUGAACAACUCCGGGAUCUUGCAGUACUGGCCUCGCAAAGAGGGGCUCUCUUCUUCCGGGACCAGAAUAUAGACAACGAACAACUUAAAGUCCUCGCCAACAAACUCGGAGAGCUCACCGGUCGACCUGCAGACUCGGGACUUCAUCGUCACGCUCUUAGCAGCAAGGACAACGUCAAGAAUCACGAUGAGAAUGGAAACACCGAUGAAGAGGUUUUCUUCGUAUCUUCCGAGAGAGAAAAGGAGAACCAUAGCAACCGCUUCCAAGCCCCUCUUCCAAAGCUUGCUAGUUAUCUGUGGCAUUCCGACAUAACCUUUGAACAUAUCCCGUCGGACUAUGCUAUCCUCAAGAUGGUUGAUAUGCCUCCUGGGAACGCUGGAGGGGAUACUCUUUUUGCAUCCGCAUAUGAGAUGUAUGACCGCAUGUCACCUCAUUACCAAAAGCUUUGCGACGGCUUGACUGCCACACAUUUCCAGCCUGUUUUCUCCAGAGUGCUUAAGCAGUCCAACGAUCCGCUCAUCACUGAGAAUCGCGGACACCCCGAGAACGAAGGCCUUGAUUUCAAGGCUGUGCAUCCUGUUGUUCGCACCAACCCUGUCACUGGCUGGAGACACAUGUUCGCUGCAGGUCAACAAAUUUACGACGGCAAGAUCAACGGUGUCACAGACGCGGAGGAGGAAGCGUUGAAGAGAUACUUCCUCCAGCUGGUCACGGAGAACCAUGAUUUGCAAUGUCGGUUCAAAUGGGGCCUCAACGAUGUUGUCAUUUGGGACAACCGCUCGACUUUCCAUACAGCCACGAAUGACUACGAGGGCAGGCGAAAACUCGUGAGGAUCACAUCGGUUGGCGAGAAGCCUUAUCUGGAUCCCAAGUCGUUGUCAAGACGUCAAGCACUGCGAAAGCUUGAGAGUUUUGAGCCGGAAGUCUUGACUCCUCCGGCGGACGAGGAGUUUGUGAGCAAGAAACGACAAAGAGUCUCUUAGACGUAAGAAAAAUGGGGCAGGAAAAUAGGUUCAAAUGAGAAGGACCAAAGCGCGGUUUGUAGUAUGCCUCAAUUUCAGGACAAGGUCCAGGAAACAUCAAGUGCUUAGGUAGGUAGGUCCGGUGCCGCUGUCUCAUUUUUACGCACCUCUGGAAUUGCCCGUACAAAUGAC